ACGUGGGUAAUUCCCUUAUCAGACAAAGGACUAGUCUAUACUGUAGCAACGCAAUCGCAUCUCCGCCUCUUGACUUCACUCCGGCUUCUAUGGAUAGGAUGUACAUUCAUAGUGUAAUAAUUGACCCGUACCAAUAGAUUUAUUAUUGCUACUUAAAAAAGAAAUUCUGCGCUUGUACUUUUCUGUCAAUGGCAGCGUAUCUUCUAAAAUGGAGCUUUCUUCUUAUGAUGAUUACGAUGAUGGUCCACACGUUUGUAGUCUUGCGUGGGACAAUUUGGAUUGUUAGGGAUGAGAUGACUGAUUUCCAAAAACUUCGAUGCACAAAACUGAGAGAAAUAAUUUUUUCACUGACAGCGUCAAAAAUUAACACGAAGUCUUUCACAGAGGAUGUACGGGCAUUAAUGAGCUGUCCCCAUGAAUCAAAUAUCACUCAAAGAGAACGCCACAGAGUUGAAUUACGUUCCUGCUGCAAUGCAACAGGGAGCCUGUUUCUUACCAGACAGAACACUCGUGAGGGGCAGAGGAUAAAGUAUGAAACAAACAGAAAAAAAAACAUACUGGUGGAUAAAUCGAUCUUCAAAAUGCUCCCCAAGAGCACCCCAUGGAGGAAUGACAGUCGAUUCCAGCGCUGCGCUGUGGUGGGAAAUGGCGGGAUUCUGAGGAACAGCAGCUGUGGGGCGGAAAUCGACAGUGCAGACAUCGUCUUCAGGUUGAAUAUGGCUCCCAUCAACAACAGCAGAGAUGUUGGAGUGAAGACCAGCCUGGUCACAAUCAACCCCAGCCAAAUUCGAGUUGGCUAUCCAGACCUGCAGAAGCGCCCCCAGCCCUUGGUAGAGCGGGUGUCUGCAUACGGAGAUGCACCCCUCCUUAUGCCUGCCUUUGCCUACACCACCUGUACCGACAUAUCUUUCAAAGUUCACAAGGUGGUACAGAAGAUGCGCCCCAACCAGAAGGUAGUUUUCUUCAAUCCUGAAUACCUGCUGGAACUCUUCCAGUACUGGAAGCACCGAGGACUUGAGGAGCUUCGUCUCACCACUGGGUUAAUGCUGGCGAGCGUGGCCAUGGAACUGUGUGACAGUGUACACCUCUAUGGCUUUUGGCCCUUUGAGUUGGACCUUUUCCAGUGCCCAGUGACUCACCACUACUAUGACAAUGUUGGACCAAGCCGUCGAAUGCAUGCUAUGCCAAAGGAAUUUCUGCAGCUGUUGAAGAUGCACUGCCAGGGGUCGAUACAUUUACAGCUGACGCGGUGCCACUGACUACAUGCUCCCUUUGCAUCAUCACUUCAAACUGUUCUAGUCAUCACAGCUGAAUUUCACUUAUGGAACAUGGUCCGAAUAGGGAAGAACUGCCAGAAUUGUAACAAUUUUCACUUUUUACUGAAUUAAUUAGAAGUAGUGCCAUCAAAAGCUGUGAAAUUUCACUAGAAAGAAUGUAUACAGCAAAAUCCUGCAGCAAUGCUCCAACAUCUAUUAUAAAGUCUUCCCAGAAAAGUGGAGGUUGUAUUAGUCGCAACAGGUAGACCAACUCCAUAUUAAUGCCCAUAGUUUUGGAUGAGAUGUUGGAUGUCAGGUGUACAUAUACUUUUGAUCAUGUAGUGUAGUUUUUAAAUAAGAGAAAACUUAGCAACACAUAUACCUGGGAUUUGUCUUCCAAAAUCAAUGUAAUAUAGCUAUGGAAACACACACUGCGCAAUAAAGUGCAACAUAUCCCAUCCCCCUUUAGUGAUAAUGUCCAUGAUAUUGGCAUGAAUAGAAUAAAGUCUCUCUAACCUAGAAGAGAGGGUAGACUGCCUCAACAUCACACUGAACCGUAGGGGCUAUUCUGCCCCUUGCUUCAAGGGUAAGCACUACCUGUAACACUCAAGCGGUUUGCUGUCCUUGGUGGGUUACAGUGAAAGGCUGGAGGAGGAUUGAACUCUGGCUCUAGAUCGUGUUGCAUUUAUUUAGUUCCAUAAAUAAAAGCUGUGAAAUGAGCGCACAGAACAGUAUUCGUGCAUGUGGAGCAGUGAAAUGGGAAACUCCUGUGUGUGACAGGGGAAUGACAGAUAUUACUGGAAACGAAUAAACACAUUACUGCAACCAUUGUUGUGAGUUCAGAUAAGCA